AUGCCGGAGGGCGAGGACGCGGGGGAGAACCAAGACCUCUUCUCCGGCGACGAUGACUAUGGCCAGGAGGGCGACUUUGACAAGGUCAAGCACCAGGUGAGAAAACAAAAAUUUCAAUUCUUUUUUAUUUUUUUUUGAAUUUUUUAUGGUUAAACUUUGGUAGAAAAUAGAAAAAAUUUAAUUUAAAAAAUAUUUUUUCCCAGGAAAAUGCUUCUGCAGAACGCGGCUUUUUGUUAGAUUUUUUCAGACAGUUGGAUUUUUUGAUUUUAAGAAACUAUGAAACACAUUUUUUAAAUAAAAAGAUUUUUUUUAACCUGAAAAUUUCUCAAAUUUCGCAAAAAUGUGUUUCAAAACCGCAGUAAAUUGUUCUUGGAAAAGAAAAAAAAUGGAUCUAUAACAUUAUUACUUCAGGCCCUUUCCUCCCAAUUCUCCACUUGGACCCUGAAUGUGAUUGAUCUCCGAUUCUACACAAAUCACAUCAGCUUCGGCUUUCCGAAUGUAAGAGCAGUCUUUGGUCUGGGUUUAUCAUCAAACGCAUUUAGUAAAUACAAUUUUUAAAAGGGCCUUCUACAAAUUCCUUGCACUGCUCUGUGCACAUGUUUUCGUAAUCAGAUUUGGCCUAAUCGCUUUACACUUUCAGAAAAACCGACUUGUAAUCCGCCUGUUGAAAGAGCCCUCCAAAGUGGAGAAUCUGUCGGUUACAAAGGAAAAGUACAGACAAUUGUACAGAUUGAAGCAGCAGGAACCGGAGAAAUGGGUCAGUCAUCAGAGUCGAAUACCUGGUUCAAGUUUUGCAUGAAUACUCUAAAUAGGCCAUGUUUUCAUAAGCUUAGCUUGCUGUUUGAAAGCAAACGAUAUUCAACGUUCUUUGCGAACGAGAGAGUUUGGAAAAUGAGGAGAGACGGUUAGAGAAAAAGUUUUUGAGCCGUUUCAUAAACUCAAGGCAAAAAAAGUCAAACAAAAUGCCGGAAAGUAUCAAAAAAUAUCAAAUUUCUUCAAAAAAAUCUUGAAGAAUAUUAGGCUGACAUUUAUUAACCCACAUACUUCCAGCAGAAUGCCAAUCUUUACAAUUACGUAGUUUCAAUAAAAUUUUCGAAUAUUUUUUUAGAAAUUGUUAAAUUUUCUGCAGUUUUGAUCUUAAAAUCUCGGUGGCUUCUGCAAACAUAUUAAAAACCUCUCGAACGCUUUACAAAUCUUUAAUCACAAGUUUUAUCAAUAUCUAUGAACCUCAAUUUGGCCACUUUACUCUCGAGUUUCAACUCAAGAGUCAUCAAAUUUCAGAAAGAUUUCCUUCUGGAGGAAGAGAAGAAGCGUUCCCUUGUUAUCGGAGACGUCGACGAAGAAGCCAUCUCCCUCUGUAAACGGGUGGUCAAGGAUUCCGAGGAGAAGAUCGACAGGAUCUCCUUCCGGCACAUCUAUUUCACCGACCCCGCCCACAGUGAAUUGUUUGAGCGUAUUUUGAGUGGGGCCAAUUUGAAGCCGACCAUAUUAGAGUUGGCUCUGCAUGCGGAGGAGGAUCAAUGGCUUGCGAAUUUCGUGGAGCCGGACAUAAUCUACGCAAUGCCAACGGAAAUGCUCAGGGAAAUUUCGUCGAAUCUGCGGGAGAUCCACGGGAUCUCCAAGUACGCGAUGUCCAUCUUCUGGGAGCCCAUCGAGCUGCAGGAAUGCCAUGUUCAUUUCAGUGCCUUCUGGUUCCAACACUACCCGUACAAGAUCAAAGUAAGCGGGUUUUCAAUGGAAUUGUUUGAAUUUAGAUAAAAUUUUUUUAUUUUACUCCGGAAUUCCCAUGAAUUAUGCCACUUUUAGUACUAACCAUCUCAGACUUUGUUAAAAUUUGGGAUAUAUUUUUUAUUUUGACUUGUCACAAGGAAAUAUUUUCCUGCUUUAGGCAAACUAACACCUUCAAAAAGCAAAAUUUAUAUUCCACAUGACAUCUAGUAAAAUUUAAAAAUUUCAGAUGAAAACCAAGAAGAUGGUGGUGUCGGAUGCCGAGGAAUAUUACGUAAACGACACUCUAAUAGAUGUUAUGAAAGUUGAGGAGCUGAUUUAUGAGUUCAGUCUCAGGGAAUUCGAGCCUCAUAUGAAUGUCAGGCAAGUGUAAUAUAACUAUUAGAAAAGUGGUCCGGAGGUCUGUGAAAUGACUGAAAUUACUAUCUAGGAGGAUAUAUUUGAGUUUAGAAUAUCAACUUAUGAAUUUUGGCCGAUUGAAACAGAAUGCCAAAAUAAGCGGGAAAUUUUAAAUUUGAAUUUUUUGGCGGAAAUUGAGCUGGGCUUUGCAUAAAAUACGCUGACAGAAUAUUCCCCAGAUGGAGUUUUAUUAUGUUUUAUGCAAAUCUUUAAGCCAGAACUGAUUUUUUUGUAAAAAUUUUUUCGUAUUUUAGGCCCUUGGAGAACAUAGUUCUUCGCCGUUUGGAACUCAAAGAGCCAUCAGCGAUUAUCUCGAAGAUAGGUGAAUACGAAAAUUACGGAACUUACAUAUCUCAACUCCUCCCGAAUAUUAAAAUCGUUGAUCUCGUUCUGAAAAUCAAAUGUUCGGCGGAGGAACUCCAAAAACAUGGGAAGAAUUCGUUGGAGAAGUUCAAACAGGGAAUACAGAAUAUGCCGGAGAGCACUGAAUGCGAGGCCAAAGUCGAAAUUACGGUCGAAAACGGGGUGAGUUUGAAAAAAUGUGUUCUAAAAUACGGGGUUCGUCGAAAAAAUGCUUGGCGAUGAUUUUUAGUGUUUUUUCAUUAGUUUGGAUGGGUAAAAUACGAGAUUUAAAAUUACUGGUGUUAAUUACAAUUAAUUUUUUAUGAUGAUAUGCCAUGAACAUCUAAAAUUUUUCUAUUUAGUCAGCAAAAUUUCCGAACCGCGUUAUGCGGAAAAUACCCGACAUAUUUAAAAAAAAAUUAUUUAUAGGCCGACCUCAGCCAGGUGACCUCUUUCCUGAGCCAAUCCCUCUCCACGACUUCCUCUCUCUCGUCUCCGAUCAUCAAGAUCACGGUGAAUAAAAACAAAAUUAUUAAUUUAAUUAUACAGUCUUCUGGAUAA